AUGCAUGCACACGACUGCAGCUGCACCCACAAGGUCCACCAUGGCGACCGGAGAGAUGCCCACCGGAAGAGAGUUUGGUGCCAGAACGACGAGGUUGUCAUGGUUGAAAGGAAAGGAGACGCUUACCUAUGGUUCCAAGGAGCUCUAACAAAGACAGAAGUUGGAGAAGACAAGGAUCCUAAACACGCUCACGAAGGCAACUCAAAACUCAUAAAGAAUGUUUCUGAACCGAAGUCCCACUCCAAGCUUUGGCAUAUGGAAUAG